GAUCAUGACGAUGGAGCGGUCUGAGACAGUAGAAGAGCACGUAGAUCGGCCCAUCGCUGCCCCGAGAGACCGCAUGCAAUCCACGAUCGCGCCGUCGUCCGCGCUUCUGCAAUCUACCAGUAUAACGCAACUCAAGGCACCAAGCACCAAGCUCCUACUCACCCCUGCCGACUCGACACCGUCGCUUUCGCGGCCAACGGGCCCGACGCUCUUGAUUUCACGAAUGCGACAAUCGUUCCACACGGAUGCGCACCACAGUCCUGGGGACUGGAACGUCCCGCCUGUCGACACCGCACCCCUCGCCACGACUCCAUUGACCUCUUCGACGUCCAGACUGCGCAAAGUCAGCUCGACGACGCUCGCACUUGCGCACAGCGCUAGCGGUGUCAUUGUCCCGACGGUCUCCCGCGCCAUGACCAAAGUUCGCGGGUUUGGCAGAAAAUUGAGCCAUGACUUUGACGCAAGCCAGAUCUUGGAAGCAUUGGCGCACAUGAACUCGACGCACAAGGCCAAGUUGGUCGAAAGCAAGCGAGCGUUUGUGGUGUCGAUGCAUUCGCCGUGGAAGCUCUACUGGGACUUCAUGCAAGCGGCGAUCGCCGCCUACGCGAUCGUCCUCGCGCCGCUCGAUCUGGCAUUCCACGUGUGCGACAACCACCCCGUCCUCGCGGUGAUCCAAGUCAUCGUCGACUCGCUGUUUGUCCUCGAUUCGGUCCUGCUCUUCAACACAACCUACAUCGACGCGAACUCGCUGGAAGAAGUUUUCGACCGCCGACUCGUCACUCGGCACUACUUGAUCGGAGCGUUCCGCACGGACUGGUUCACGAGCGUGCCGCUGUCGUAUUUUGGCCACGUGCCUCGAUACUUUGGCUGCCUCCGCUUCGGCGUCAUCUUUCGGGCUCGUCGGCUCGCAGCCACGCCGCUCCUCCACCGCAUGGUGCACUCGAUCACGCUGCACAUCAACCGGGGAUUCCUCCGGCUGGUGUCGUUGGCCAUCGGGUACAUCCUCGUGCACCACUACAUUGCGUGCGCCUACAUCCUCGUCACCAUUCACGAAGGCAGCUCGCCCAACUUGUGGACCACAUCGAUCAACUCGACGAGCCCCGCCAUGAUUCAGUACUUGGACGCGUACUUUGGGUCGAUCAUGGUCACGACGGGCGAGUCGAUGAACCCCAAGACGACACUGGAAAUCUUCUUUAGCGGAUUCCUCCUCGUCGUCGGCGUCGUCAUCCAAGCUUGCACGGUCGGGUUGUGCGCGGGCGUGUUUGCGCAAAUUUACCACGUCGAGGACGAGCGCGUCCAGCGCGCGGAAGCUAUUCACGCCAAGCUCAAGAACUGCCACAUUGAGCCGACAGUCCAGAGCCGCAUCCUCGAGUACUAUGACAGUCCCAAGGGCGAGGACGACGCGUACAAUGCUGCAGAGUUGCUCAAAGACUUGCCCGCCCCGAUGAGGCUGCACCUCCAGUGGUCGUUGCACGUAUCGUUUCUGAGGAAAGUGCCGUUUUUUCAGACCCUCGAGCCAGAGGGGCUGCUCACGCUCCUCCAGUGCAUGGAAGAGUCGGUCGCGCUGUCCGGCGACAUGAUCAUCCGCGCCGGCGAAGUGGGUCAGGCAUUCUACUUGAUUCAGACCGGCAGCGUCGCCGUGUUUCACAAAGGCAGCAACAAGCGCAUCCUGUUGAAAUCCCUCGGGCCGGGUGACUUUUUCGGCGAGAUGAGCUUGAUCAGCGAGCCAGGCGCCGACGGCCGCGCGGCGCGCACGACGGCUAACGUCGAAGCCACGUCGUUUUGCACGUUUCAAGUGUUGUACAAAGAUUUGUUUUUGCUCUUGACCGAGCAAAACGACCAGCUCAAAACGUUCUUGAUCCAAGCGCGGGAGCAGCGCCUGCUCGACUCGAAGCGCGGCAAGCAAGUCGCGAUCGAAGAGCAGGAGAAAAUCGCAUUGCGUGCAUUGAACAACAUGCAGCGCACCGUCGCGACGGCCACCCUUGUCCGCAACGCGAUCCGAGCCAUGAAGCGCCUCGUGGCCCAGCGACGGCGACGCGUCACCGUGCUCCUUCGCAGGAUAACGCUAUCUGGACCACCGAGCCCCGCCGACAAAUCCUACAGCCAAAGCAAGUCGUCCGGCAAGUCGGCCGCCUACAGCACCCUUCGCCGCAGCAACACGACAAGCCACAAUACGACCGGACGCCGGAGGUCCUCCGAGACAACGCGGCGAAUUCAAGCCGCCAACAUGCUCUUGGCCAUCAAGGGCCGGCGGCUCGUCAGCGCUGGCGCGAUGGACUCGAUCAACUCCAUGUCCCACGUCACGACCAAGCGCCUCGCGGAAGCGAGACGAGUGGCGGCGCUUCACUCGUUUGCAGAUGUCAAACCACUACAAAAGCACCCGUCGUAAUGUCACUCCAGAGCCCGUCGGUUGUCUGGCGCGCAUGUUCGACACUAGUCGCAGUCGAGAUGCCAUGGAAAUACCAGCUUGCAU